UGUUCUUCCCCUUGCUUUCCUAUAUAUCUCUCACUGUUUUCUCUGUUUUCCGCGGUUUUGCGACGUUUGUGGUCGUUGUUUGCCAUCACGACGUUAUUCACUUGAGCUGGACAGCUACAGCUGCAUAGAAACAGCUUCAUAUACAAAGCCGCCGAGCUGAGAGGAGCGAACCCCGCACUCCGUAAGCCCACAGGAGAGAGGCCACGAUGGCUGCUCAUCCGGGCGAAGAAGUCACUGCGACACUCUUCGCCGACGUCCACUACUACUACGGCCCGCCGACUGAAAAGCCGCCGCAUCACCGCUUUGACAAAGGAUCAUACCUCUACCUCUACGAGAAUGCGGCCCAGCGACGGGCACGCAUCGAGGUCGCCAAUUCGGCAGGGACACCAGACCAAGACGCCUUCGACGGCCCCCUCGACAACGUUCUCAUAACCUACGACCACAAGCACCCCACCCUCCUCACCAUCACCGUCGAUGCAUUCCCUCCCCUCCCCCCCCAAUCCCCCACCGACUUCCGCCUCCCCACCUACGACCCCCGCAACGAGAAUAAAUACCUCUACCGCCUCCACACCAUCGACGUCUACCUCUACACCCCCGCCGACGCAACCCUCCUCCUCACCUCCCUCCAGCGCCUCCUCCCCGCCAACCACCUCGCCAUCGCCGGCGCUGCACUCACCCCACCACCCCAUGCCCAAGCCAUGAGCCCUAUAGUGCAACAGCUCGAGAAUAUCGCUAUCAACGAGCACUCGCCCCCCUUCGCUGGUCCACCCACCACCGCACCCCCGGCCUACACCUCCCCGCCCGCAGCGCAGUCUUUUGCACCACUGGCAUACAACCCCGCUGCCCCCGCUGCGCCCGAGGCGAUCGCUCACCGCGAAAAGACACCCCCGCCACCGGAUGCGGGGGCUAACCCCCUUCGUGCCGCGACGCACGAGCAGCACCAGCAGCACCAGCAGCACCAGCACCACCACCAGCAGCAAUACCAACCGGCAGCACCCGCAGGCGGAGCGGUGUACUUCCCCGGCCCCCCCAGCGUAGCAGGAGGCCAAUACGCACCCAGCGCCUCCCCCGCCGCUCCGCACCCCGGCAGCACGCCAGCUGCCCCAGCGGCUACUACGGCGUCGGGGCUGGCGUACGCGAACUACUCGUAUGCACAAGGUGGACAGCCGGCGCAGGGGAAGGCGGAGUAUAACGUGCAUCAGCAGGUGUAUCGGCCGACGGAGGGGGAGGCGAUGGGGAAGGUGAAGCCGAUUGAGGGGGAGAAGAGUAAGUUGGGGCAGAAUGCGGUGAGGUUGGAGAAGGGGGUUACGGGGUUCUUGAAGAAGUUUGAGAAGAAGUAUGGGUAAGUGUGGCAUUAGCUUAGUUAGUUUGGGGGUAUUAGGGGUAGUUUGGAGAGGAGGGAAGAGGAGUAUGUGGAUUGGAUGAUCAGGUGGGAUAGGAUAUUUGAAUGAAUUUAAAGUUUAUCUGCGA